UCUGUAGAUAUAGAUGAAUGCGCAACCAACACAUCAAAUUGUGAACAAGUCUGCAAUAAUACAAUUGGAAGCUUCACAUGCAGUUGUUUUCCUGGGUACAGCAUCAACGCAACAAACACUUCACGUUGUGAUGAUAUAGAUGAAUGCGCAACCAACACAUCAAAUUGUGAACAAGUCUGCAAUAAUACAAUUGGAAGCUUCACAUGCAGUUGUUUUCCUGGGUACAGCAUCAACGCAACAAACACUUCACGUUGUGAUGAUAUAGAUGAAUGCGCAACCAACACAUCGAAUUGUGAGCAAGUCUGCAAUAAUACAAUUGGAAGCUUCACAUGCAGUUGCUUUCCUGGGUACAGCAUCAACGCAACAAACACUUCACGUUGUGAUGGUAUAGAUGAAUGCGCAACCAACACAUCGAAUUGUGAACAAGUCUGCAAUAAUACAAUUGGAAGCUUCACAUGCAGUUGCUUUCCUGGGUACAGCAUCAACGCAACAAACACUUCACGUUGUGAUGAUAUAAAUGAAUGCGCAACCAACACAUCAAAUUGUGAACAAGUCUGCAAUAAUACAAUUGGAAGUUUCACAUGCAGCUGCCUUCCUGGGUACAGCAUCGAUGCAACAAACAUUGCACGUUGUGAUGAUAUAAAUGAAUGCGCAACCAACACAUCAAAUUGUGAACAAGUCUGCACGAAUACCAUUGGAAGCUUCACAUGCAGCUGCCUUCCUGGGUACCGCAUCGAUGCAACAAACAUUGCACGUUGUGAUGAUAUAGAUGAAUGUGCAACCAACACAUCAAAUUGUGAACAAGCCUGCAAUAAUACAAUUGGAAGUUUCUCAUGCAGCUGCCUUCCUGGGUACAGCAUCGACGCAACAAACACUUCACGUUGUGAUGAUAUAAAUGAAUGCGCAACCAGCACAUCGAAUUGUGAACAAGUCUGCACGAAUACCAUUGGAAGCUUCACAUGCAGCUGCUUUCCUGGGUACAGCAUCAACGCAACAAACACUUCACGUUGUGACGAUAUAGAUGAAUGCACAACCAACACAUCGAAUUGUGAACAAGUCUGCAAUAAUACAAUUGGAAGUUUCACAUGCAGCUGCCUUCCUGGGUACAGCAUCGACGCAACAAACACUUCACGUUGUGAUGAUAUAGAUGAAUGCGCAACCAACACAUCGAAUUGUGAACAAGUUUGCACGAAUACCAUCGGAAGCUUCACAUGCAGUUGCCUUCCUGGGUACAACAGCAACGCAUCAAACACUUCACGUUGUGAUGAUAUAGAUGAAUGCGCAACCAACACAUCGAAUUGUGAACAAGUCUGCAAUAAUACAAUUGGAAGCUUCACAUGCAGCUGCCUUCCUGGUUACAGCAUCGACGCAACAAACACUUCACAUUGUGAAGAUAUAGAUGAAUGCGCAACCAACACAUCGAAUUGUGAACAAAUCUGCAAUAAUACAAUUGGAAGCUUCACAUGCAGCUGCCUUCCUGGGUACAGCAUCAACGCAACAAACACUUCACGUUGUGAUGAUAUAGAUGAAUGCGUAACCAACACAUCGAAUUGUGAACAAGUCUGCAAAAAUACAAUUGGAAGCUUCACAUGCAGUUGCUUUCCUGGAUACAGCAUCAACGCAACAAACACUUCACGUUGUGAAGAUAUAGAUGAAUGUGCAACCGACACAUCGAAUUGUGAACAAGUCUGCAAUAAUACAAUUGGAAGCUUCACAUGCAGUUGCUUUCCUGGGUACAGCAUCAACGCAACAAACACUUCACGUUGUGAAGAUAUUGAUGAAUGUGCAAUCAACGUUGCCAACUGUCAACAAAGCUGCAUCAAUUCUGUUGGAAGCUUCAAAUGUAGUUGCCUCCCUGGCUUCAGCAUCAACCUGACAAAUCCUUCUGUUUGUGAUGCACAACGCAAAGUAAUCUUAAGGUUUACCGUCGUCAGUGAGGAUGUGGAUUUAACUAAUCAACAAGUAAGAGAAAACGUUCUUCAAAAUCUUCAGGUUUUAGCCCAUAACAAAACAGCAAUGACAGAAAGGAAGAGAUGAGUGAAAUCUGCAAUUUAUGCCGUAUUUUACCACAUCGCACUUUGAACCACAGCGAUGUGAUCACAAGUGGGAAAAGAAUGUUUCAUUAUUGUAUUAUUGAACUUAAGUUUUACAGUUGACUCCUCUAAGAUCUCUACCAUCUCUGCUUAAGUUAUUGCUGAUUAUUAAUAUAAUUGGGAAUUCCAUUCAACCACAUUAACAUUUCCAUAGUUAGACACUUUAACAACUUAAAGCAGGGCGUAUUGUUAAAUAAAACUAAUACCAGAAUAUUUAAAAGCUGUGAUAAGUAAUGUUAGUACAGCUACUCAGGAAGACUUGUAAAUGCAUUGUCAAAUUAUUUUAUUGUAAAAUUGUUAUUAUAGAUCGGUGAGUCGUUUUUAUUUUCAAUUUAUUUGAAACCAAACUGAUUAGAUGAUAGGAAUUGAAAUGCCUUUUUCUAUAAUCUUGCUGAAAGUGCUUUUGCCUCUGUUUCAUUGGUAGAUACACUUAUUAAUCUUCAUAUAUCACUUUUAAUUUUUAAAAAAUUCCCCAAGGCCCUUCACCGAGGAAUUAGCAAACAAAUAUAAUACCAAGCCACAUAACCAGAUGUUACGGCAGAUGACCAAAAACAGCGAUGUUUUAAGGAGUGUUUCAAAGGAGGAAAGAGUAAUAGACUUUUCAAGAGAGAAUUUCCAGAGUUUCAGACCAAGGUAACAUGGCACUCAAUGGUGCAGCAAUUAAAGUCGGGGAUGGUUAAGAGAAUGAGAGGAGUGUUAUAAAUCAAUCAGGGCGUCCUUGUCUUCCAUAGUCCUUUACCUCAUACUUUGGUAUCAGUGACACAAAGCACAACCAAGAUGGCAGUUUCCACAGAGUGUGGUUACUCUUUAUUAGCAAACCAAAUCGUAGCAUAUGCACAUAAAAACAUAAAUUGCUGGAAAACCUCACCACUUCUGACAAUAUCUAUAGAGAGAAAACAGAGUUAAUGUUUCAGGUCCAGUGACUCUUCUUCAGAACCUUCUGUAAGUUCAUUUCUGAGUUCAAUUACAAGACAAAUUAUAGAGACAUAUACUAAAAUGCUUUUCAUCAUGACUUGACAGAAUUAUACAGAAAACAUCCUACGCCACAAAAAUAACAUCAGAAUGAUAAAAUGCCUUACAGUGCAGCUAACCUGGAAGUUUGUAGAUAGAGGUGAUUGGAGAGAUAGGUCCAGAAGAGAGAUUUCAAAAUAAGCAUGAGAGCUGUAAAAUUGAGGUAUAGUUUAAUCAGGAGACAAUGUAGGCUAUUGAGCACUACUGGUGCUGAUGGAUGGAAUUUGAUGCAAAUUAUGAUAUCAACAAUAGAGUUUUGGACAACCUCCAGGUUAGAAUGUAACAGACCAGACAAAAACGUGUUGGAAUACUCAAAUGUACUAUCUAUAUUUUCUGAUUGAUUAAUAUCAGUGGAAAUUUCAAUGUAUAUUGUAUAAAAUUGCAUUUAUAAUCGA